AUGGCGUAGUUGGUAGCGAACAUUGUGUUUCGUGCCAAUCUUCUGACGAAUAUACAUUCUACGUUAAGAUGACUAGUCCCGCUGCAGAAAAUUUGUGCAUUUGUGCGGUGAUGAAAUUUAGUGUACAAUACUAUAAGUUUACCCUUGUCCGGGGCGAGAACUCAGAAGGUUUGGAACCCGAUUCACAAAGUUAUGAGCAACGAGUUUGGUACAGGCUAGUCAACAUCUAUAAUAUCGUUUCUUUCUGCAUAAAUGGAAUGCUUCUAGCCAAUUGUUUUGGGUUAGAAGAUUCCCAUUUAAUAUUCCGAGUGUUGUCAACGAUUUCGUAUGCGGUAUGUCUGACAGAUAGAUGCCUAUGGGCACAUUAUUUGCCUAUAAUAAGAGAGGCUCGACAGUUCAUUAAAGAUGGGCAACGUACAUCCGAUAAUCCUGAAAUUGAUCAUCCAACCAGAGAAAACAGUCGCAAAACUAUCCAUUAUAUGUUAUUCAUAGUCAUUGCCCUAAACUCGCUGGAACUUAUAUUUGUUAUGAUUCCAAGUAAGUCGAUGGAAAUUUUAUUUGGAGUAGAUCAGUUGAGGAACAUGUUUGAAGCCAGAGUUGCGCGAGUUUUGCAUUUGUUUCUAUUGUCCGGUUGCUUCACUCUCGUUCCAAGUGGACUUUGCUUCAAUGGCGUUUCGACUGCGUUGCUCUGUGCAAUUCGCGCGGAAUUGAAUAUAGUAGAUUUUGGUUAUGGUCGGAUUAUGCCCAUACUAUCAAAUUCACAUGCAGCUGAACCAAAUCAACGAAAUUACUAUGAAGAUCAACGAUUUUGGAAAAGUAUUAAACAACAAAUUCGAGUCAUUGCUCAUCAACACAAUGAAGUGCUCAAAGCCUUUUACAAAAUUAAACAGCUUGUUGAAAUAUCAUUCUUUAUCAGUUAUCUGUACUCAAUCGUAGCAUGGGGUCUUUUGACGUUCGCAAUUUUUAGAAACGUUUCUAUCAUCAGUAUUGUGUCUAUGCUGGCAUUCAUUAUUACAAACUAUACCUGUUGUAGGAUGGUAGAGUCUUUGAAGGAAACGAACGAAAAACUGUCUUUGACCGUACUGGAAUUGAUAACACAAAUCCCGUUUUCACGGAAACAUCAUCGCGAGUACAAAGACGUGCGAUCGACCCUGAUGCUGAUACACCAAAAUGCUAGCUAUGGAACGGUUCUGAGUUGUGGAGGAUUUUUGAACAUAGAAACUACCGUCAUUACCAGAUUGGUUCAAACGACUUUUACACUAGUGACAUUUCUUUUCGAUGUGAAUUAAAUUUAAAUUAACAACACAGCUUGCAGCUUAAGUAACCAAAACUUUUAUAGAACAUGGUUUAUAAAUAUUGGAACACGAUAUGGAACUAAAAAAAAGUUACAUAGGCACAUAAAAUGCACGUAUAUAGGUAUAUUGGGGUGACCCUUAGCUGUAUAGGACUUCAAAAAAUUCAAAAUUUUGCAUCUGAUCAACUGCACUUGAUCCAUAAAUCAUAACACGAAACUUUAAACAAUUUCACUAGAAAUUGAUAACUUAAGCGGUCUUUAAAAGCCUUAAAUUUGAAAAAUUUAUGAAAAAAGUAUGUAUUUUCUCAAAUCACAAUUAAUUAUUCCAACGCAAGUAGUUUUGAACUGAGCGUAAAAAGUUGCAGCUGCAUUAAAUCAUAUUUUUCUAUGCAUUAUGUUUAAGAAAAACGUGGAAAAGCUAAAAAAAACUACCUUUAUCAAUUUUCGUGACAAAUAUUCGUCUCAAUCAUCAAAAGCCGAUCACAACACAAGCUACAAAUCGCGCAACAUUUGUUUCUAUCACAAUGAAACUUUCAAGCUCACAUGAAGCCAUCUUUGCUGUCCAUCAGCGAGUAUUGUAUGCGGUUGA